UACAUUUACUUUUCUUUCUUUGUUUUCCAAUUAUAAAAUAGUAAGAAGAAUACAGUCAGUCCAUUCAUAAGUGUUAGCUUGUUUGGAUUUUUGGAGUGCAAUGAUUGUAGUUUGACGAAGGAGAAAGAAUCACAACAGUGAUCUUGACAGAGACUUUUUAGAGUUUUUCUGGGGCUUUAUCGAGUAUAUGGCGUCAGAGAACUGUGGCCAAUUGGGCCAGUUGCCGGCGCCGGAUAACGGUGACAAGGCGACUUUUCCGGAAGGAAUGCGAGUUCUGGCCGUUGAUGACGACAGAGUUUGUCUAAGAGUUAUUGAAGCUUUUCUUCGUCAGUGUCGCUACAAUGUUACAGUAACAACAGAAGCUUCCGAAGCUCUUAGGCUCUUAAGGGAGAACAAAAAUGGCUUUGAUAUAGUGAUUACAGAUGUUCACAUGGAUGACAUGGAUGGGUUCAGGCUGUUGGAGAUUAUCAGUCUUGAGAUGGAUGUGCCAGUAAUCAUGAUGUCGUCAAAUGAUGACAAGAAUACUGUUAUGAAAGGUAUAAAGCAUGGUGCCCGAGAUUACCUAUUGAAACCCAUUAGGAAGGAGGAGAUACAGAACAUAUGGCAGCAUGUGUUGAGGAAGAGCUUAUCUCAAGCAAAUGAAUCAAUUGUUGUGGAAGGAGGAUCUGAUCAGGACUCAAAGCCUAUAAAGAGACAGAGGGAACAAAGCAAGGAUAAAGAAGAUGCAACCAGCAAUAACUCUGAAGAAGAUUAUUCGUCGCAGAAGAAGCAAAGGGUUAUUUGGACUCCAGAGCUCCAUAAAAAAUUUAUUGCUGCUAUCCAUGGGCUAGGAGUUGAAAAGGCAGUUCCAAAGAAGAUACUUGAAGUUAUGAAUGAACCUGGUCUUUCCCGAGAAAAUGUUGCCAGUCAUCUUCAGAAAUUCAGAAAUGCUCUGAAGAAGAAUAGUUCUAGAGUGAGCCAGAAAAGCAACGACAACAUGGAUUCAGAUGGAAUUGGCGGGAACUCAUCAAAUACUACAAUUUUAUCUUUCAAUGGCCAAGAUCAGAAUAAUGUCAGUUGCUUUGAGAAUUCUGGUUUCAAUAGCAAUAUAAAUUCUGGGAUGAUUCAGUUUGGUCAUGGAUCUCAAAAUACUGAUACCUUCAGCACUUCCCUUGUAAAUCCAAAGCCCCUAUCCCUCCCUCUGAAACAGCAAGGCACUUUUCUUCAUCAGUACCCAGACGUUCCUGUAUCCAGGAAUCAAAUGCAGAAAAUAAUUCAUAUGAGUGGACUUCGAGGUGUCCAAUCAAAUUCAAUGAAGAUGGACAUGCAUCAUCUGACUGCUUUUGGUAGUUUGAACUACAAACCAUUUUCUCCAAAGCCAAAAAUGUUGAAUGAUCACAUGGACAUUUCAUCCCAGAUCCCCAGUUUUGGUUCUUGCAAUGAACUUAAUCAAAUUGGUCUUUCUUUACCUGGAUGCACUUCCAAUUCACAUCCUAAUAGUGUCUUCUUUGGAGUUUCUGGUUCCCCAUGCCCAAUACUGGCAGGUGCUUCUACUGAGCAGAGUGUGCUUUUUCAACACAAUUCAUCAAUUGGACAAGCUCAAACUCUGCUUCCAGGGCAAAGUAAGGCUGGAAAUUUCACUGCUUGUAAUGCAGCUGAGGAUAUUGAAUUUGUAAGAAAAAUGACAGGAGCUCCAAUGGAGAUGCAAUGUCCCAACAUGGAUAACUUUCUUCUAGGUGAUCAUGCAAUGUCUAUGCACCUUUGUCCAGAUUGCCUUGAAACAGACAGUAUUUUCCACCCCAGUAGUUGUAGCUCCAAAGACGAGGACCUUAGUGCAGCAAUCAAACAGUUCCAGAAAUAGAGCAUCCCACGAGUCUAAUUUGCAGUUCCAGAAAUAGUGCAUCCUGAGGACAAUUUCGUAUGACCUUUCUCAAUACAGAGCUUAUACAAUCAGAUCUGCCACUCCUGAUGCAAGUACACAAUUAACCCUCGUAAACAACAUUAUUGAAGCUGACUACAUUUUUUUGGAUAUUAACAUUUGUGACCUGGGUUUCAAGGAAAGAAAACAAAUAUUGUGAUUCAGCAGUGAUUGAUUGGGGCAACUCAAAUCCACGUCUAACAUUUCAAGUGUUCCAUAGUCUGUAAUUUUAGGAUAUAUUCCACUCAACUGUUGUUUUGAUCAAAUUUAAAUGAACAAGGUUCUGUUUGUUUGCAUCUUUGCGAUGCAAAUCUGAAAUGGGUACAAAUUUUGCA